AUGCAUGGGAUCUCCAUCUCGCGGACUGCGAGGAUAUCUCUUCUCCUCUCCAUCGAUGUCAUAUUCUUCCUCGUCGAGAUCAUUGUUGGUUAUGCUGUCGGCUCUCUUGCUCUUGUUGCGGACAGUUUUCAUAUGCUUAAUGAUAUCCUAAGUUUGAUCGUUGCUCUCUACGCAAUAAAGCUUUCCGGGCGGAGAAUUGAAGAGACCGAUACCAAAUACUCGUAUGGCUGGCACCGAGCUGAAAUUCUUGCUGCGCUCAUCAAUGGAGUGUUCCUAUUGGCACUUUGCUUCUCAAUCUUCAUGGAAGCAAUGGAACGUUUCUUCAGCACACCAGAGAUAUCAAACCCGAGACUCGUCGUAAUUGUCGGAUCCCUUGGCUUAGCUUCUAACAUCUUGGGUCUUUUCUUAUUCCACGAGCACAGCCACUCGCAUGGAUCCGAAAAGCACUCCAAGAAAACAGCCACCCCGAGUACCGGAAUGGGACAAUCAGAAUACACCACUGCCCUUUCGAGUGGGAGUGUCACUCCUACAAACGAGGAUGAAAGGGGCCGAAGUGGGGAGCGUUCUGACUCGGACGAGUUGUAUGGACAUCCAGCCGCAACUCGCGCUCGUGUUGUCCAUCAGGCACAGGAACUGAGGCGAGCUCGGUCAGUCUCUGUCAGCAGUGAUCGAGAGAGAUCACCCUCUCCACGAGGUCGUGAGGGAAUGCACACUGGUUUCGCGUUUGUAGAGGAGCCAGAAAAUGGUACUGUUGAGCAAGAUUAUUCCGAAUCGACACCCCUUCUGAAAGGUCAAAACGGGAAGGGAACACCAUCAUCUAGUUCCCAUGAUGGCCACACACAUCCUUCGCAUACCUCUCAAGGGACGAAGCGCUCUGGCGGUCAUUCACACGGAUCCAUGAACAUGCAUGCAUUACUGCUGCAUGUUUUAGGUGAUGCACUAGGAAAUGUCGGUGUUAUUGCCACGGGUCUGAUCAUCUGGCUAUCGGAUUUGAGUUGGAAGUAUUACUGUGAUCCUAUCAUUUCUUUGAUAAUUACCUGCAUCAUAUUUUCUUCCGCGUUGCCACUAGUCAAGAGCGCGUCUUUCAUUCUUCUUCAGGGUGUCCCAUCAGGCAUUUCCCUGCAAGAGGUAGACGAAGCGAUCAGGGGCGUUGACGGUGUGCAGGAUGUGCACGAACUCCAUAUCUGGCAGCUUUCUGAGUCAAAGGUCGUGGCAUCCGUACAUGUCCUUGCUUCCCGCAAACACGAUUUCAUGCAGGUUGCGGUUGACAUCCGCAGGGCUUUGCACGAUCAUGGUAUCCAUUCGAGUACUAUCCAGCCUGAGUAUCAUCCGUCGCGUCAAUUCCAUGCAGCCGAGACUUCGACACUCCCUUUGCCUCCCGCUGGAACAUGCUGCUUAGUGACUUGUCCUCCUAAUCAAAAGGAUUGUGAUCCGUCGGAGCAUUCAUGUUGUCGUGAGUUUAUUCUUAACUACUUGACUGUCUAUCAAGCCUUCACGUUUAUACUGAUGUUCGACUCAUAG